AUGAAGCUCCACCUGUUGGCAACGAGCUUGACAACAAACUGCGCGAGAACGGUGUUUGUCGGCUCGCCUUCUAGGCGUAAUGAUCGUCCCGAUUCUCCACUUAUUGCGACUGGACCUCCUUCCGAGAGUACAACCAGUACUGCUACUGUCAACAUGAAGAAGUACUCUAGUACUAGUUAUGAAUGCGGUUUCAGAAUGACGACUUCACCCCUGUACGAAGAGUGGGAGAAGGUCGUAAGAAGGAACAAACACGUGUAUGGGCCGUGGGGAUCAACGGGAGAAGAGAAAUGGAAUCCUGACAUGGAAAUAGGCAUGGAUUGGAAGUCACUCGUUAGAUCUGCUUUGCUUCCGAUCACAACCGACUAUUUUCCUGAUCGGCUCACUCUUAUAAGUGACUAUCUAUAUACUGAACAUCAAAUUUCUGUUGUACAAGAACACGGUUCACGUGCGAAAAUGGAUAUUAAUCAACUAUCAAAGCACGUGUUCGAGCAGCUUAUUUGCCAGCGUCUUCAACGAGGAUUCCAAAUCAUCCUGAUGUCAAAACCUUUGAUCCACGUAGCCAUCAAACAGAGCUUGUUCGCUCCGAUCAAUACAGAGCAGACUGAAUGCAGCAUGUCUCUAAAUAAGGCGAGUAUUGUCCAUCGCCUUGUGUUAACAGGAUCCGAUAUCACCGUGACAGUUUUCUAUCCGAAGCGAAACCGUGAAGCAGAAUCGAGUCCAUCGCCUUCAAUGCAGCCGUAUUCGUACUUCUUCCAGGUACCCGUCUACCCCAACAGUCAUCUCGUGCCAUGCCAGGUGCCUGAUGCUCAGUGCUACGAAAGGAGCACGACUAGUUUCAAACCACACAAUUUGGAUAAGUUGAAUUGGAGUUUGUUGGACUGCAAUAUCAAGUACCGUAACAAUUCGCAAAUGUUCAAAGAAGAGAUGAAGAGUUAUUCUUCGAGGUCGAUUUUUUUCCGAACAUUUUUGAUAUCAGGAUAA